AUGUCUAAAAACAAUUUUACUCGCACGAAUGUUGACGUGCGUUCUCUCGAAGUAUCUGCACCAAAACGCAGUUCUUUUGACCUUACCAAAAACGAUGCUUUUUCGUUGCGAUUUGGUAAACUUAUUCCUUUACGUUGUGAGAAACUUAUUCCGGGCGAUACCUUAAAAGGUUCGUUGAAGCCAAAAUUGCAGCUUGAAAAAUUUGCUACUCCUGCUGCUGGUCGAAUGCGUUUGGAUUCUCACUCGUUUGUGGUAUCUUCUCGACGGAUUAACAAUCAAUAUCGUCAAUGGCAAGAGUCUAUUUUGCACGGUGGUGCUUCUCAGACGUUGCCAUCUUUUAAUGUGUUUGCUUUGUUGCAAGAGUGGCUUGAUGGUAUUUCUGUCGGUGUGUUUGAUGGUGAUUCUGUUUCAUCAUUUAAGCAACUUCUUUAUUUGGUUUCAAUUUCUCAUACUUAUCAGCAUAGUUAUAAAAAUUUUGUGUUGAAAGUUGUUCAAGUUAUUGCUUCCGAAUUAGACCGUGAUGGUGUUUUGGAUUUCAAAACUCACGGAAAUCACGAUGAUUUUAUUGCUGAGUAUUUGGAAUAUCUUAAAGAUUGGGUGAAAUUAAACUCUCCUGAUUCUGGUGGUCUUUAUCCUAAUCCUAAUUUGUCAUUUGCUGAUGCUGUUUAUGCUUUGUGUAAACCUUUAUUUGGUGAAGAAUCUACUCUGGAUAAUUUAGGUUAUCCUAUUUUGUCAUAUUAUAGUGAGGUUCUUGAUUAUUUUCGUACUUUGUGCGACCAUAAUUUAUGGACUUUAAAGGUUGAACGUGUUGCUGAAGCUAUUGCUGAAGCUCGUCAAGUGCAAGUUGAUGACGAAUUGCGUGUUGAAGUGUUUGCUAAUGCUUUUUAUAAGUAUUCGGGUUUAAUUAUGAACACUGACCCUGCUGAUACAGAUGCAGUGAUUGAUGGUGAAAAUUCUUAUGUUGUUAUAGUUCAGUCUUCUGAAUCUAUUCCUGAUGUUGACGAAAUGCCACUUCGUGCGGUGUACUCUGUU